GGAGGAGGGGGAAGCGAUGGCGCUGCCGUGCGUCUGAGCUCGGGGUCGCCGGGGUGUUCGCGUCGGCUGUAGAGGCUGGCUCGGUGGUGGGGGGGCCUGUAAAGUCGGCUUUGUGUUGAGGUGGUGGGGGGGGUGGGUGGGGAGAGAGCAGUCGAGUCGGGGUUGUUUUGGGUUCGAGUCGGAUUUAUAUCGCGUGAAGAUCCGAGCUGGGUUAGAUCGGUGCGGGUCGGAUUUGGAACCGGGAUCGGAGCGCGUCAGAUUGCCGUAGGGGGUCACCACGGGUCGCGCUUUUUGAGUCUUUUUGUCCGAUUCUGUCAAAGUUACAUCGGAUCGAGUGGGAUCGGAUCACAGAUCCGUUUAGUUCAGGGUGACGCCUGGCUAAGGGGGGGGGGGCACAUUGUGACAUCUCCAGGCUCAGGCCAGGGUGGUCCUUAUCGGUUCAAAUCGUUUCGAGUUUGGAUCGGAAGUCGUCAGCUCGGACAACGGCAGGGGCGAGGGGCCAUUCAGUCAUGAGCGCCGGCAUCUCCCUCAGCGAGCUUUGCUGCCUCUUCUGCUGCCCGCCAUGCCCCGGCCGCAUCGCCUCCAAGCUCGCCUUCCUGCCGCCCGAGCCCACGUACGGCCUCCUGGCGGACGAGACGGGGUCUCGUUGGAGUCUGCGACUCACCGACCGCGCCGAGUGGCAGUACUCCCGCCGCGAGCUGGACGCAAUCGAGGUCUCCGUCACCAGGACAAGCAGGGGCAGUCGGCUGGCGUGCAUGUUCGUGCGCUGCGCGCCGGACGCGCCGUUCACGCUGCUCUUCUCUCAUGGCAACGCCGUCGACCUGGGCCAGAUGAGCAGCUUCUACCUGGGGCUGGGCACGCGCCUCGGCUGCAACGUCUUCUCCUACGACUACUCGGGCUACGGGGGCAGCUCGGGGAAACCUUCCGAGAAGAACCUGUACGCCGACAUCGAGGCGGCCUGGCACGUGCUGCGCAACAGGUACGCGGUGCUGCCUGAGAACAUCAUCCUGUACGGGCAGAGCAUCGGCACGGUGCCCACGGUGGACCUGGCGUCGCGCUACGAGUGCGCCGCCAUCGUGCUGCACUCGCCGCUCAUGUCGGGCAUGCGCGUCGCCUUCCCCAACACGCGCCGCACCUACUGCUUCGACGCCUUCCCCAGCAUCGACAAAAUCUCUCAGGUGUCGUCGCCGGUGCUUGUGAUCCACGGCACGGAGGACGAGGUGAUCGACUUCUCGCACGGACUGGCCAUGUACGAGCGCUGCCAGCGCGCCGUCGAGCCCCUCUGGGUGGAGGGCGCCGGCCACAACGACGUGGAGCUCUACGGCCAGUACCUGGAGCGCCUCAAGCGCUUUGUGACGCAGGAACUGCCGCAGAGGAGCGUGCCCUGACCCCCGAAGGUCGCGGCCACCGCCGCCGCCACCACCACCACCGCUGCCAACAAAACCACAAAACCUUUGAAGGUUCCAGAGGAAGAGGGACUGGCAACGUUGGACUGGUUGGUGUGUUACGAGUGGCAAGCGCGGGGAGCUUGGCGAAAGCGCACAACUUACAACCUUUCCAGUAAUCAUGUAAACAAAGGGCACUGACGAAAAGAUAGUGGUUCACAUUGCCACUUGUUUAUAAGAGCAUGACUGUUAUUUUUGUGGGGUUUUUAUUUUUCUGUUCUUUUCUCCUGUGGCCAGAUCUCUCUCUUUUCCUUUGUGUGUUCUCCCUUCCUACCUCUCUCUCCUGUUUUUCGUUGUUGUCAUUCCUGUGAAGCCGGCUGUGAAAUGUUUAUAGUCAAAACGGUGCGCAGUCGUCGCGUGGUCCUGUGUGUUCGAGCAGACACAAAACUAUGCAGUAAAACUUGCUCUCGUUUCGGAGAGAGCGCGAGCUUAAGCAACUCGUCUCGCCUUGGGAAGUCUGGUCGCGCGGGAGAGGAGAGAGAGGAGAGGAAGAGAGAGGAGAUGAUGAGAGAGGAGAGGAAGGGAUAGGAGAGAAGAGAGAGGAGAGAAGAGAUGAGGAAAGUGGAGAGAGCCAAGAGGGAGAGAGAGAAGGGGGGAUCUCAAUAUUUUGCGAGUUUGUACAAAAGUGUAGCGCAAGGCCUUAUCAAACGAGCUGUGAAACGCUGUGACGCCUGAUUUUUAGUGUUUUGCGGUUCGCCGACGGAGAAAGAGGGGGGGUGGUGGUGGGGGUGUGUGCGAUUUCUCGUUAUCGGUUGAAUGUGUGUACAGGUUUAAAAACACAACGUCCGUGCCCUGCUGUCGAAAAACAAAAACCACACACACACAAGUUGCACAAGAAACACGAGCGAGAGAGAGACGCAAAAGCGAGUCGUUGAGGAAUAUCUCAGGUGCUGGAGCGUGGCGCACCCUUUUAAACCCCCCCCCCCCCCCUCACCUCGGUUCUGGUAGGGAAAUUAACAACAAGCGCUGUCGACUGCAGAAACGGAAGACGCAUUCAAAUAGCCUGCUGCAUUGAGACUUACGGUUUUUCUUGCAAGUGCGUAAAUCAAGGAGGUGUCCGCCUACGGCAUUUCAUCUGCAUGUAGAAGCGACAGCAGUGUAGGAAACAAUUCACUUCUAAUUGUUACAUUUAUUUAAGGAACGUUUCUUUUCUUUUGUGCCGUGGUUUAUAAAUCGCUAACAAGAUAUGUUGAUGAUCGUUGAAAGUAUUUAUCCGCCUGUGCUUUGACGAUGCAAAAAAAAAUAUGCAACUGCUUCGGGAAAACAACAUCGGGGGGGAGGGGGUGGGUGGAAGGAGGUUCGAUUUCUCUCUCGAGCGUGCGAAACCGUGCAGUUUGAAAAUUAUUUUCGCUAUUUCUCUCUUUUUGGUAGCUGUUUUUGUGCAUGUUUAGCGACUUUAAUAGAAAGAAAAAAAAACUAAUCUCAUCUCUUGGUGAACACACGGUUGCAGGAAGUCGAUUGCAGGUACUCGUUAAAACUUCGUGAGAAAAACCAACGGACCUCUGCAAUGUAUGUUUAAAUAAGCGGACCACGUGAUUUUUUUUAAGUUGCGUAUAUUUUGAAUGCCAAUUGCUACUGCGUUUAAGUGUUGGGUUUUUUUUUACAUUGUGUACUGUCGUGAAACAUAUUGAGCCUUUAUCCCGUGGUGCUCAUUGUGAACUUAUUGGAAAUGUUUUUUUUUUUCAUAGUCUAAAGCGCUCGAUGAAAUAUGGUUGGUUGUGUGUUUUUUUUUUACUUUUUUUUAUUAAUAAUAAAGCAUUUUGUUGUUGUUAGGAGAUUUUAAUGAAUUUGACAGGUACUGGUGUGUAAAAGUCAUGUGUAUUAAUUGGUGAGCUGUUAAUCUUUGUGAUGCUGAUAUUUCUGUUCUCCCCUUUAUCCCUUUUUUUUGCUGAUGCCCCGACUGUUUACAUCCCUUUGCAGGCCUGCCGAGUGGCUUUAUCCCAAUAACGAAUAAACAACGUUUGGCAGCUGUUUAAAAACAAAGUUAUAACAACGCUAAUAACCACAGCAACAAACAACGGGAUAUGAAUGGAUCUGUGCGGAGCUGCCUUAGAAGUUCCUGGUGGCACGGGCAGGGGAGGGGGGGGUGGCUGGAGGUCCGUGGCAGAAUGCCACUUGGGGCCCUCUUUUGCAAGGCCCGUUGUGGGGCCCUCUUUUUGUGCGAGGCCUGGGGAAAAUGCCCCCGCCAGCCGUCGCCACCCAAUCUCUUCUAAACGUCCCUGGGUCUCUAAUAAUCGCCUAAUAAAGAGGGACUCUCAUUAGCUAUCGCCCGCCUUAGGGUUGUUUGUACUCGGGGAAAAGGGCGGGCCGCAAUGUAACCGAACGGACCAAUUUUGGAGUGUGGCUCAUCCCCCCCCCCCCAUCCCCCGUGAGCGUGAUUCGUGCCGUCCAUGCCGUGUCAUUGAAGGGUUUUAAUGCUUUGGUGGAAUUUCUCCUCGGGUUUUUUUCUUUCUGGGGGGCUGCGGUGGGGAGGGGAGGGGGGCAAACAAUCCGCACCCCCCCCCCCCUUUACCCGUGCUUGGUUAGAGGUGGUGGAACCAAAUGGCUGAACGCUUCUGAACGUGCGGGGCUCGAACUGGCACCGUCAGGACGUGUGCGGGGACGUGAAAAACGCGACCUUAACUUAUUUUAAGAAGAAAAUAAUAAUUCUUGAAAACAAAAAUAUAUCACGAUGACAGAAUAACGGUACGCCACUUUUCCAUUUUAUUCUGAAACGUUUGGAAGAAAAUCAACGGAGACGGAAACCGUUGGCUACGUAAAACGGGAGUUUCACAAGUACGAGUGAAUAACACUAAUCUUGGACGGCGAUGCGAUGUUGCCAGCGGCAUCUUUUUUAUAUACGGACACGACGGUCGAAGGGGUACGUUUCGUUACUGAUGCGCGGCACGCCAGAACCACGCGAAGCGAAUGCUGUAUGACCACGCCUCCACCUUUUAAUGCUUUUUUUCUCAAUUGUGAAUGUUUGACUUUUAUUAUUAAAGGAGAACACUUUGGCAGAAGUAAAUGUGAUUGUUUGAGCGCGCCUUGUGUACAAACCGUGCAUUCGGCCAAAGAUUGCACAUUUUGCGUGUGCGUGCGUAGACUCUGUUGACCGUUAGGACGAUUUGUCGCUUACGAAAUGUUGCCUGUUGUUGGGUGCACAAUUUUUUUUCUUUAUGGAAUAAAAAAAAUGGAACAAGAAAACGA